AUGUCAAUGAAACGUUUUGGAAAAGCGGCAUACCGUAUCGCAAACGAGGUCCUGGCACGAAAUACGGUAAUCCGACUCUGGUGGCCGCGAAUAUUUCCGAUUUCGCAUAAUUUGGGAGCACAUGUUGUGUUGAGGAAUGCUGGAAAUGCUGGAAGACAGACGACUUUUCGAUUGGUGAGUGAGGGUUGAUAUGAGCAAUGCUUGAAAAAUUUAAAUUAAUAUGAGCAAUGCCGGAGAAGUUGUAGGAAUUAUUAGGAAAUUUUUGAAAUUUUCGGAAAAUGGGGCAACAAUUCUGAUUGGUGGGAAUUUCAUUAACAUGAGCAAUGCCACGUCAUUUUUGAGAAUAUAACUAAUAUGAGCAAUGAUAAUUUUUUCCAGAAGAAGAAAUAUAAUCUUGAAAAUUAACCCGCGAAAAAUAGGUUUCAAAAAUUUUAGUUGAACUAAUUUUCGAAAAAAAAUUUCGAUAAUCAUUUCGUAAAAUUUAAUGAUUGAACAAUUAAUAAGGAAAUUAAAAGCUAAAAAUUGAAAUUCAAAAAAUUUAGGCCAAAACUAUUUUUUGGAGAAAAUUCACCUUGAAAAUUGACCGGCGAGAAAUAGGUUUCAGAAAUUUUAGUUGAAAAAUUUUGAAAAAAAAUUUUUCGAUAAUCAUUUCGUGAAAUUUAUUGAUUGCACAAUGAAUAAGGAAAUUGAGACCUAAAAAUUCAAAUCUCAAAAAAUUGUAAAUUUAGGUAUAAAGUAGUUUUUGGAAGAAAAUAAUAUGAGCAAUGAUAAUUUUUUCCAGAAGAAAUAUUAUCUUGAAAAUUAUCCCGCGAAAAUUAGGUUUCAACAUUUUUCAGAUAAAAAAUUUUGAUGAUCAAUUGUUGGUAAUGGAAUUAUUUUAGCCAACUCAAAAAAUUUACUUACAAUUGAAAAUUAAUUUAGGUGAAAACUUAGUUUUGGAAAAAAAUUUGGUGCUAAAAACCAUCUUGAAAAUUAUCCCGCGAAAAUUAGGUUUUAGAAAUUUUAGUUGAAAAAAUUUUGAAAAAAAAAAUUCGAUAUCAGAUUUAUUGAUUGCGCAAUUCUCAAUAAAUGAGACAAUUUUAGGUACCAAAAAUUAAAAUUCAAAAAAUUGGGAAUUUUGGUGAAAACUAUUUUUUGGAAGAAAAUAAUAUGAGCAAUGAUAAUUUUUUCCAGAAGAAAUAUUAUCUUGAAAGUUAUUCAGGGAAAAUUAGGUUUCAAAAAUUUUAGAUAAAAAAUUUUGGAAAAAAAAUUUCGAUGAGCAAUGGUUGGUAAUGGAAAAAUUUUAGCGCGAAAAUUCAAAAUUCAAAAAAUUUAUUCACAAUCGAAAAUUAAUUUAGGUUAAAACGUAUUUUUGGAAAAAUAUUGGGGCCAAAAUCACCUUGAAAAUUAACCCGCGAAAAGUAGGUUUCAAAAAUUUUAGAAAAAAAAAUUUUGAAAAAAAAAAUUCGAUGAGCAAUGGUUGGUAGUGGAAAAAUUUUAGCGCGAAAAUUCAAAAUUCAAAAAAUUUACUUGCAAUAAGAAAUUUAGGCCAAAACUAUUCUUUGGAAAAAAAAUUCACCUUGAAAAUCUAGGCCAAAACUACAAAAACAUCCACACAUUUUCAGACCAAAUUGAUUGCUCGGAACGGUCGAAUAUUCCGUCCAUUUUCCUCGAUUCUCAUCGAAAAAAAUCGCCUAGCCAACAACAAAAACCUACUAAAACACCGCAAAUUUCAUCCGGUAUUUGCCAAAAGACCCGCGAAAUAUGCGGAUUUUCUGGCGAGAAUUCGCAAACUGUUUGGAGAAAAUGCGAGAUAUAACGAGGAUUUGAGAGGCGCUGAAAUGCCGCGACGAAUUGAUGAAUACGAAUUCGGCGAAUUCUUGGGACAAGGCUGUAAUGCGGCUGUUUAUGAGGCGAAAUUGGUGGGGGAAAAUGGGAAUAGCAGAGGAAUUGGUGGAGGAUUUAAUGAGGUGACUGAGAUUUUGAGGAAGAAUUCGAGGAGACCUAGUUCGGAUAUGGAAUUUCGAAUGAAUGUGAGUGUUUUUUGGGCUGAAAAUGUGACGAAAAAGAGCUGGAAAUGCUGAAAUUCGAAAAAUUCGUUAAAUUUUGACCUAAAAUUAGAAAAUCUGGAAUUUUCCUCAAUUUUUUCGGAUAAUUUUCAGAAAAAUGUGUUUCCUCUGAAAGCUUCUGCAAGCGUUUUGGCGCCAAAUUUUAAAUUUCACUAAAAUUCAGCUCGAAGAAAUACGGUAAAUGUAAUUGAUUUUAGCGUCCAAAAAAAUGUACGUUUCAAAAUUUUUUGAUACAUUUGAAAAUGAUGUUUCAAAAUGAUCUGCGCUUCUACUACGUCUAUUGUUCAAUCCGAAAGAAAAAUACUUUUUGAGGCUUCUGAAAGCUUCUGAAAGCUUCUGGAAGCUUCUGGACGCUUCUGAAGGCUUCUGGGAGCUUCUCAAGGUAUUCGGUAGAUUUUCUGCCAUCCUGGCACAGUUUUUGUCCCGCACACUUUUCAAAUUUUAAAUUUUGAAUUUUUCAGCUUCUGCUUCUGACAAUGAGGCGAGUUCCGACGAUGAAUUUGAAGCACUGACUGCACAACGUGAGUUUUUUUCUACAGUAUACCUACAUUUUUCGCGCCAAAAACCCUACAGUACUCUUUUCCAGGCUCCUUCUACAUCGACGCGGUUUGCGGUGAAGACGAUUCGCCAAUCACCGACGAUGGAAAACUGGCCGAAUGGGCUGAAAAAGAGGCGAGAAGUCUGGGAUUGCUGAAAUAA